AUGUGGCUUCAACGUCCAUGGUGCACUUUGCCAGAUGCCGUACCGUGGUCAAUUCCUUUUGCUGACGGAAUGAGUGUCAGAGCCGGGAAGAACUUUGCGCGCAGUGACAAGCUUACGGCUGACGAAGAACCCUCAGCGGCGAACGUGCAACCAUCUAUGGCCUCGGAGGUGUAUGAUCGCGUAUGUGCUCUAAGGCACCACCGAGCUUCUGGUCCGGAUGACCGCCCACCCGCCUUGUUCUAA